AUUCAUAGUUCGAUGACCAUAUCAUAGUUAAUACAAGAACAAUCUCUAAUCAUUCCUAUAAACUAAAAAAUACCAUCAUAAAGUUCAUCCUCAUUCACCAACAUUUCCUCCAAGUUUUCUAGCUAUUCAAAACAUGGAAAUAAAGAGGUACUUAAGUAGACGUGGCUACCGGCGUCUCGACGGCAGCAUAUCCACCGUCCGACGGAAGAAGAUGCAAGUCAUACAAAUGAAAGGAAGUCCUCAUAAGCAUUGGAGGAUUGGAACAAGCCCAAGGCUAAGAUGGAUGAUGAAAUCACCAUUGAAAUUGUUGACAAAAGUUAAGAAUAUUUAUAUGAACUUUAUGUUUAAAGUGGCUGGGAAUGUAGGAGGGGCUUUGAACACUGAUAACAACAACCUUGGUGUGAAACAAAUUCCACAAGCUCGUCAAAAGUCUAAAGGUUACUACUCUGGUGAUGCGUUUGAGGCUAGGCUUAUAUUUGAGAUUUCCAAGACCUUGGUUGCUUCUCAUGAACUAUAUUCCAUUUAAUUCUUUGUUUCAUUUUAUUUUCUGAAUUUUAUUGUAAAAAACAUUCAAAUGAUUCUUCGUCUAAAAUGUAAAGGAAUGAAUUAAGUGUAUCUUAGUUUUCAGUAUUGUGCAUGAAUAAAAUAAACAUUUUCUUC